GUAUGAUUUGCGCUUGCGUGAAUAAUCCAAUCGAUCUUAGUUAUAUAACACGUUCGAGCUGUACUACACGUUAGUCUCUACGUGAUUACCAACGCGAAACAAGUUUAGUUUUAAAACACGUUUGGAAAUCAAAUAUGGUAAGGCCUCGUGUUUUACUUACAAGCAGCGACGUACCAUCUCUUGGAGUCGAUCUUUUACAAACUAAAUGUGACGUUACGAUCAUUCAAAAUGAAAAAAGUUCACGAGAAGAUGUCUUACAAACUCUUCCCGGGUAUGACGCUGUUUUGAUUACUGGUCAUCACAAUGUAAAUACCGAAUUUUUAAAUAUCGCAGGACCUAAUUUAAAAGUCAUAUCUACUAUCUCGGCUGGCUAUGAUCAUUUGGACGUUCCCGAAAUUAAACGACGUGGUAUUAAGGUCGGUCAUACACCUCAGGUUUUGUCAGCCGCAGUUGCAGAAAUUGCAGUCAUGUUGACUUUAUGUGCAGCUCGACGAAGUCACGAGGGACGUUUAAAAUUAGAAGAAGGAAAUGUGAAAACUACGUUUAACUGGUUACUUGGACAGGAUUUACGUAAUUCUACGGUAGGAAUAGUUGGAUUAGGAAGUAUUGGUCAAGCUGUACUUGUACGUUUGGUGCCAUUUGGAGUAGGAACUUUUUUAUAUACUGGUCAUUCGGAAAAAAAAGCGGGAAAGGAUUUAGGUGCUAAGUUUGUAUCUUUAGAUGAACUUCUUGCACAAAGUGAUUUCGUUAUUGUUGCUACUCCAUUGACCAAUGAAACUCUUGGUUUAUUUAACGAUACUACUUUCGGUAAAAUGAAAAAAAAUUCCGUGUUUGUCAAUGUCGGACGUGGAAAAGUUGUAGAUACGGAUGCAUUGGUAAAAGCAUUGAAAAAUCAUACAAUUUUUGCUGCGGGUUUAGAUGUUACAGAUCCUGAACCAUUACCAAAAGAUCAUGAAUUACUUAAACUUCCCAAUGCUGUAAUUAUACCACACUUAGGUAGCGCCACUACAAAAACUCGCAACGAUAUGUCUAUAAUUGCAGCCCAAAAUAUUCUCAACGGAUUAGAUGGCAAACCUUUAGUUUAUGAAUUAUAAGUAUUAAUGGAUUUAUUACAAGUUACAAAGGAUGGAUAAAACUAUUUAACAAGCAUUUACUUUGAUGAUUUUUAUAUGAAUUUAAGGUGCCAAUAUAUAUUACAUAGCAAAAAAGUCAUUAAUUUUUAAUAAUUUUAUGAUGUUAUAUGAAUAAGUCUAUAUAUAUAUAUUUGAUGUUAUUUACAUUUUAUCCCAUAUGUAUUAUACGUCGUUUAAUAAACUAAUAUAGUUUGACAUUAAACAAAUAUAAUGACAUAUUUUAUAGUGAAUUGUUUUAUAAAGCAUGUUAUUUCUGAAUAUGUUAUUACAAGAUCUUUCAAUAGAAAUAUGCAUGCGUAUGCUGUAAAUUAUGUACUUCCUUAUUAAAUUAUCUCAUCAAAAAUAAUACAUUUAACGAAUACAAUCUUAUAAAAAGAGAGAAAAACUAAUCAUUCAUGAAACAAUAUCGAUAAACAAAUGUAGAAUAAUAUAGGUACUGUACAUAACAAUGCCUAAUAACAUAUCAAUUAUCCUUCGAGAGAUACACACAAGUGCUUCGAAGAAUAUUUAUUAUUUAUCACCCAUAGUGAACUACAGGUAACCAUCAGGCUUCUACCACUGCACUUUUUAAGUUACUCAAAAUUGGUUCAAUUUUAUUCUCUAAGGAUAAAAUAUGACCUGUAUUACAAUUAUGACUAGCAAUAAAGCUUAUAACCAAUGGUAA